CUGUCGCAUCGUCGAGCAAAUUCGCGCGCGCACCUCCCCGAUCUGCACCACGACUGCACUCGAGUACUGCAGCUCGUUAUUUCGGAUCUCUGUAGAUGAUCGUCCGGCUACUGAUACGUGUACGCGUGUGCCUGUGUGGUUCUUCUGCCUUUUUCGCUCUGAACGCGCUUUGCGAUUCCCUAGUCACAGACAUUUCGCCGUCGCGAUAUCAGAGCGCUUCGAUAAAUUCUUAACGAGUGUUUCGCCUCUGACGCCUCGUGCGUGAUGUGAUGAACCUUCGCGACGGACACGCUAGUGUUUUUCCAAUUUGUUACUCGCAUCGACAGGAGCACGCGAUGCUACUACUGCAAGGAUUUACAGAAUCUAAUGGGUCGUAGUCACGGCAACGCAUCGUGGCCUGAUCCAUCUACGACGUCCCAGCCAAUCGACGCACAAAAAAUUUCCUAGAUGCACGAUACGAGCGAGGAUCGCUUUAAUCCCCAUCAGCAGCAGCAUCACUUGCGAGCUCAAGUGGCUAAUAAUAGCAACAAGAGUAACGGAGCGGCCGCUCAUCAAGCGAACGGCGCUCAUCAUCAUCAUCAUCAUCAACAUCAUCCUCCCUCGAAAGGAUCGACGAGGAUGGCAUGCGAAAAAGCAUCGCGAAAAUUACGCGCUACCCUGCUCAAAGCGGCGAGGAUCGGGGUAACGACCAACGAGCUCGCCAGAUUACCAUCGGCCAAGAAAAUCGUCUCACAGAGGGAUCACGAUUGGAAACUGGCGGUGCUGCUGCUGCUGAUGUUCGGCGGCGGCGUCAUCGUCGCGCUCGUCUGCACGACCAGCCGUGGCUGCUCCAAAAUUGAAGACAUUAAUUUGGCGACCUAGCCGUCAACGAACGGCCAUGCCUCGACUCUUUACCCAUGAGAUGCGCAGGCAACAGACAAGAUUUAUACGAAUAAUUCCAAAGAAUGACCACAGUGCGCAGGCAGCGUCUGAAAUAAAAACAGAAGACUCGGGUCUUGAAUAAUUUUCAUUUUUUAUCGAAAAAAAAUUAAUAAAAAAACAUGCUUACGCGCAUGGAGUUUUUUACAAACUCACGCAACGUACAGCACAGUUGUUAAAUUUUUCAACCCUCCGAGAGAUACGAGUGCAUGCAUCGUAAAAAAAACAUAUCUCGCGCUCGAAAAAAAAAAAGAAUAGAAAAAGAGGAAAAUGACGAAAAGUGCAUUUCUCAAUCAAUGCUGUUGUUGCAGCGUAUACACCUACUAUACAAGCGAAAUUGAAAAGAUAUAGAUUAAUAAAUUUCGCCGAUAUAUGUGUACACGCGCUUGCUUCCGAGCCCGUUAUGCGUAUGGCAAAAACAUUAUCGAAUUAGCCGUUUCGAGCAGAGAGGGAGAGAGAGAGAAAGAGAUGGAAAAAAAGAGAGAAGUUGUUUCGUAUACGCACGUGCUCUUGUUGAAAGGAAAUCGAGUUAUGAACUGUGGAAAAAAAAAUUGUCAACACAAGAGUGCUGCUCUGCCAUAUACGCACACGCAGCGAAGCUUUUUCUUCGCAGCUCUCCCACUCUCCUCCCCCCGGCUCUAGUUCGCGAGCGCGUUGUUAAACACUCUCGCAAUAAACCGAUAUAGGCACGUUGAAAAAACGCUUUUAGCAUUAUUUUUGCCUCUGUCGAGCCGCGCUGCGCUGCUACCUGCGUAUAGAAAAAAAAGAUCCAUUUUUUUUUGCACAAGCUUGUACGGCUGCGAUGAAGGUAAAGUCAUCGUUAUACGCUUUUUUCUCUUUGCCGGCGAUUUCACUUUUAAAUGAAGCGUUACCCGCGGCAUCGGUAAAAUGCGUCUGUACUUGAUUGGAACCUAUUGAAUAUUCCUGAACUAGUCACGCUGCGCUGUAUAUUAUAUACGUACUCUCGUGCAAAAGUAAUGGGGGAAAAAAUCAAGAAGCACGUUGGGGCUUUGCAAGUAUAAGGGGUCGAAAGAACUUCAUUAAUAUGCGGGCGAUAAUUUUAUGUUGAUGAAAUUAUGAUGAUGCGGAUGUUUCGUUGACGCAUAGCUUUCAAAAAUUGAAAGCUUAUGUCGAGAACUCGAUUAAUAUUUCGGUUAAGCUAACGCUGUAUACGAUUGAGAUUUGCAUUCGGUGGCGCGUGAGUCAUUUCUUUCGUUUCAUACCGGUUGUGCAAUACUAUAACUGGGUUAUAUCAAUACAAAAAAAGUACUCGUAGUUACUUUUGUCAAAGGUGCAUGAGUGUGAUUAAUCUUUAAAAAUUGUUACGUUUUUGCAUGACUUAAGUUGGCUAAUCGAAGCACAUGGCUAAAAGUGUGUAUAAAAAACGUUGUAUAAAAAAAUUUGAUCGUCCCUUCUGUAUUUUGACGAUAUAAUUAUGAUGUAUACCGUUUGAAAGAAAUUUGGUAACGAAUUGAAUGUGAAAAUAGUUUAUAAGAAACGAAUAAAAGUUGUCCGGGCAAAAUACUUUUGUAAAUACACAAAGUGAAGUAACGAAAAAAAGGAAUAGCGAAAUGAAAAAAAACGUACAUAUAUACAUACAGAGUGUAGCUUUGCAAAAUGGAG